GUGCGCUUAGACCAUAAUGGGAAAUUUUAUAAUGCCCAUAUUCAGGAAGUUUGUUCAGAGAACGGGCCAGUUGUUGUAUUUGUAGAAGAGCUUGGAGCAAAGCAUGCUGUCUCACUGAAGAGCCUUAAACCUCUUCCGCAGACCUCUCCUAUGGAGGGCUGGAACACUGUGCCAGGGAAGAAGAUUAAAAAGUUUUUCCCAACGUGGGGGCAGAAUGCUCAGCCCGAUGCUGAUUGCAGAGGGCCAAAGGGUCAGAGCAAGUCAAUAAAACCCCAGUCAGCACUACCUCCUCGACUUCAGCAUACUGUGGGAACCAGGCAACAUCAGUUCUUGUGUUCUGGACCUCAACCUCAUCAGACCUCAACUGAGCAAAAAGCUCCAGGCAGGAAUCCUUCCCAGACUAUAAGAAAACCCGACUGGGAGAGAACAGAGGAUCUGAACCAUGGCAGCAGAGACUGUAACUACUUUGGCCUCUCUCCAGAGGAGCGCAGGGAGAAACAGGCUAUAGAGGAAUCUCGUUCACUUUAUGAGAUCCAGCAGAGGGAUGAAGAAGCUUUUCCUGCUCUUUCCAAUAAUCAGUCAGUCUGUCAGGCUGCUGCACAGCCUGGGGAUAAUUUAAACCAGAAGAAGUUCUCAAAUAAUGAAAGAAGAAACAGCAAGUGGACAGCAGAGGCAGAAGAGCAGAAGGAUAAAGAGUCAAAUUCCGGGCAGGUCCACUUGAGUGAAAACCUUGAGUCAGAUUCAUCUGAGAAGAACAGUCAAGAUGAGAGUUGUCCAAAAGCUUCAUCUACUUUGGAACAAGUGAAAACAGAAUCUCCGAUUCUUGCUGAGCAAAACCUGACAGAAUCCUUACCAAGUGUAACUCCAACACCCUCACCAGUCUUUUCUGAGGUGCAUUUGCGUCCAACAGUGCCUUCUGUACCAGCCAUUGUGCCAGCUUGGCCAAGUGAGCCAGCAACCUAUGGACCAGCAGGUAUUCCAGCCCAAAUACCUGCUUCUUCAUUGAUGCCAGCCCCAGCAACGGGACCUGACUCUAUUGUAUCGCAGGCUCAGACUCUCAAUCCUUAUCAGGAUCCGCUAUACCCUGGAUUCCCUUUUAGUGAAAAGGGAGAAAGAGCCGUUGCACCCUCUUACUCCCUGUGCAAUACUGCGGAAGACUUACCUAAAGAUAAGAAUAUUCUUAGGUUUUUCUUCAAUCUUGGUGUGAAGGCAUACAGUUGUCCCAUGUGGGCACCCCAUUCUUAUUUGUAUCCCCUGCACCAAGCCUAUUUAGCUGCUUGUAGAAUGUACCCAAAUGUGUCCCUUCCUGUGUAUCCGCACAACCCCUGGUUCCAGGAGGCUCCGCCGACUCCGAAUGAAACCGAAACUGCACGAACAAACAGGCACUUUCCUGUUCAGAGCGAGGGCAGAUCCAAUGGUCAAGUUGCACAGGUUGACAGUAGAUCUCCAUCACUCCCUCUGAUCAUACCUACAGCUCAGGUGUCAGAAAGUCAAGGACAGGUCUGUGUAGAAUCGGAGAACCCAGUGCAAGCUCUUCACGCUAACUAUGAGGAGUCCCUGAGAGGGAAAACGAUGUUCCCACAGCCACCUUUUGGACACAAUCACUUCCUUGGAGCUGUUCCAAUAGCACCUCCUUUCUUUCCUCACUUUUGGUAUGGGUACCCAGUUCAGGGCUUCAUCGAAAAUUCAGUAGCAAGACCUAAUGUUGUCAUGUCGCCCGAGGACAAAGAGGCACCAGCUGGCACCUCUGCCAACAUCUAUGUGGCUAAAGAGUGCAGCCCUCUGGCUCCUGUGGUAAACUCUGCAGAACAGCUUCAGAAGACCAAUGGCAGCAGCAGCUCCAGCACUGUACCCUUCCUUGUGACUGGUGCAAGCGGUGAAUGCAGUGCCCUUAAGGAAACAUCAGCUAGAGCACCUCAGUUGGAGCAAACUUGUGCUGUGGCUUCCCCAGCUAAGCAAAAAACAGCUGGGCAGCAAAAUCAUUCUCCACAAAUCCAGGGGACUGCAAGGCAGAUGGCUGUGCCCAACGUUCCGCCGCUGUUGGCAGAACCACCAAAAAAUGAACUGAAAAAUACAGUUCCUGCUCGUAAGGAGAAGACUGAUAAGGUUAGAGAUUCCAAGGGUGCUGGUAAUCCUCAGCCAGAAAGCAGGGCACAGAGAAUGAGGGAGGAGAGCUCUGAAGAUGAGAGUGAAGUUUCUGAUAUGCUGAGGAGUGGCAGAUCCAAGCAGUUUUAUAACCAGACUUACGGAGGAGGCAGAAGGCCCAGGCUUGAGUGGGGUUAUUCCAGUAGGGGAGGAUACCAAUUCCAAAGGAACGAGGACACCUGGAAAGGACCACCUGGCAGAAGCAGAGACGAUGGCUACCAGUAUCAGCGAAACUUCAGAGGGAGGCCAUACAGGAAUGACAGGAGAAGGGCAGCGCUGGGAGAUAAUCAGAGGGGGCACUGA